AUAUGGGAAACUAUGAACUAUACAUGCAAAGAAGGAAGCCUGAUACUAUUAAAGUACAACAGAUGAAGGCUCAGGCUAGGGAGGAGAAACAUCAGAAGCAGUUGGAAAGGGCACAAUUAGAGAAUGAAAAGAAGAAAAGAGAAAUAGCAGAAAAGGAAAAGGAAAGAAUAGAACGUGAAAAGGAAGAGCUAAUGGAACGUCUAAAAUAAAUUGAAGAACUGACAAUUAAAGCCCAGAAAGAACUAGAAGAACAGACUCAAAAAGCUCUAGAACUGGAUCAAAAAUGAAAACGAGCAAAAUAAGAAGCAGAGCGGCUUGAAAAGGAGCAUUGAGCUGCUGAAGAGGCGAAGUCUGCCAUAGCAAAACAAGCUGCCGACCAGAUGAAGAAUCAGGAGCAGCUAGCAGCACUUGCUGAAUUCACUGCCAAGAUUGCACUUCUAGAAGAAGCCAAGAAGAAAAAGGAAGAGGAAGCUACUGAGUGGCAACACAAAGCUUUUGCAACCCAGGAAGACUUGGAAAAGACCAAAGAAGAGUUAAAAACUGUGAUGUCUACCCCCUCUCCACCUCCACCACCAGUCAUUCCUCCGACAGAAAACGAACAUGAUGAACAUGAUGAGAAUAAUGCUGAGGCUAGUGCUGAAUUAUCAAAUGAAGGGGUAAUGAACCAUAGAAGCGAGGAAGAACGUGUAACAGAAACAUAGAGAAAUGCAUGUGUUAAGAAGCAACUUCAGGCAUUAA